AUGCCGCGUUGUCACACAUGUCAAGAUUAUUGUUACGGCCCUGAAGAGUUCUCAUAUCAAGGAAAGGCUUAUCAUAAGCGAUGCUUCAAGUGCACCACAUGCAAUAAGACGUUAACUAUAUCCAAUGUUCGUGGUUUUAAUAAAUUACCUUAUUGUUACCAGCAUUCACCCGACAUGAAAGCAUCCCCUGUAACCCUACAAAAUGACGAUUCCUAUGAUUACGGAAUCCAAGAAGUCGAUUCGGGAGCCAUUAGUGUUAAUCAUAAUUUGGNCUUCCGACCUUUCUGA